GGCAGUUUGGCGCGCGACUUUCAUUACUUGCGUUACAGACUAGUAAUGAACAGAGAUAAGUACGAGCAUAAAGACUGAAUAACUUGAGGAUCUCAGGAUUUUUAAAAUAAAGGACUCACAAGCAAUCUAAUAGUGACCAUUUGACCACAAGGAAUGUUCGGAUGUACAGUCACUUGUGAGGAUACGAUGUUAGAUAGUAGUUUAUAAGUAUAUAGUUUCAUAUUUGGAUUAAAAUAGUGACCCUUAUGAAGUUUUGGAAUAAAUGAUUGUUUUCUUACUUGUUUAAUCUGUUCUGGUUGGGGCGAAAUGCCUGUGUGGUUUCAUGCUUUGCCGUUUAUAUUAUUUCUCUAUCAAACAACGAAUCUGAGACCACAGGAUUUGAUGUAUUUAUGAAUAUCAGUUGGGUACGUCGCACACGUGAUUGUGUGUACCUUUAAAUAACGCAAAAAACAUCCAUGCAUCCAUAUAUAAUGUAGACUGAGACAUAUAUUCAAGUAUAACAACGUCGGUGUGAAGUUUUUAGCGGUCAAGUGAUAAUGCAAAUAGUAGGAUCGUGUGUUAAGAAUUGAAUAGAUUGACGAUAAGUUGCAUGAUUAACAAUCAUUUUGGGUAAUAGUGCAGUCUAAGGGUCGUAUGAAUUUCAGGUAGGGAAAUAAUGAUAAUGAAAGUAAUUAUGUUGACACAGGAGUGAGAACUGAAUCGAUUGAGAGUAGACUACAUCAUUUUAAAAUGAGACAACCAAUAGUAUCUCUGCCGACAUAAUAAGAAAACCGGGUACGUCUGGAGAGAACUAAUGAUAGCAGUGGUAAUAGGAACAAGGUUAGUUGGGCGAAACAAAUCAUGGAAGGAAAACAAAAAUAUAAGAUGGGUGGUAAUUAAGAGCGAAGAACAAGUACGAAAGAUCGUAAAUGAUUGGACGACGUUGUAGCUCCUACUAUGCAAGAUUCAAGCUGACUACCAUUUCUUUCUGAAUCCAAGAUUCGGUUUGACAACUGGAAUUGUGUAGGCUUCUGUAAUCCUUACCUUGCUGUCUACUGAUAACUGUAAAAGACCUAUUGGUAUCAAUAUCGUGCCUAUAAUCCGGUAUCUUUUACGUUGUCGAGUUCCUCGGGGUCUUCUUGGCAUGCUCCAGCCAUUUGGGCAGGUGCUCAACCAUUCGGGUAGACACGCCUAUCUGUACGAGCAAUCCAUUUGUUUCCGCAGUUACAUCCGAACUGAUAUAUCCAUUUAGACGUGUCAAGCGUGGGAGCCCUGUCUUUACCUUGUUACAGUACUGCUCUGGUGAUGCUGAGGACGACAAAUUUAGCAGCGUAAUAAGUCCUUCUAAUAGACUUCUCUAGUCUUCAUCUAAUCGCUUCCAGCACAUCGUCACCUUUGAAUGGUGAGGCGAAAUAGACUGGCUUUUCCUGUACUGUCGGAGACUUUUUGCUCCCUACCCAACUUGCCUGCUUUUUGAUAAAGCCUUCUGGGUACCCAUUCUUAACUAGCACGUUUUUCAGAGUCAUCAUUUCGUUGUCUAGUGUGCUGUCGAAAUAAGUUUUCCUGGCUCUCCUUAACAGCUUUCUGGAUACAAUCAUGUUGUAACGGGUCGGGACAAGGCUUCUAAGAUAAAGGUACUGUCUUGUCCGUGAAAGUUUUCUAUAGGUGGGCCCUUCGAUAUAUCAUCGAUUCUUUCACUAAUGAGACAUCUGGGAAACUAAUCAUAUUACUUUGCUUAUGCUCAGUCGUACACGUCAGGUUCGGGUGAUAUGAGUUAAAGUUCUUUAGUAGUGCUUUUGCCUCCAUUUUGCUGUUACAUGAAGUCAGUUAUGCAUAUGUGACCAAUCUAUCAGACACAACCCUUCACUACCACCUGUAUGUCUCCAGUUGAUCAUGAGAUUUUUUUAGUGCAUGAUAACCUCUAUGGUGCAUGAAAUCAGUUGAUGAUAGGACGUGGUAAACCAAUUCAUCUCCACUUCCUUCCAGUGCAUAGUUGUUCGGCGAUGGGUUCUUGGUUGGUUUGUUGCCAGCCACAGCGAGUUCCUUGUUGCUGAUUCUUAUUAUUCUAACCAUCUCAUCUUCAGUAUCGAGAGAGCGUAGCUGGCAGCUGUUGAUAAAUGUUUGCAGUUUGUUGCUCCAAUUCUCUCAACCAUCCACAUAGAAGCACUGACUUGACUGACGCUGGUUUUGAAAAUCCAGAUGUUGUUCACGCUUUAUGCUGAGUGCAAUGGAAAGCAGUAGAUCUCCACACUGACUUCAAAUUAAUGCAGGAAGGCCUGUCUUGCUUUUUCGAUGUUUACUAAACUGAAACUCUUCUUUGUUAAAGCCAUCCGAAACAUUGUAUUAAUCCAUAAAGUUGCUAAUCUUUGAUUUCAGUAUGGAAGAAAGUCUAGGCAAGUGGUUGUCGUCUACAAACUGUUAAGAACCAACAGUUAUAAAUAGAUUUGUCAUCCUAAAUCAAAGUUGAUCACAACAGUGCAAAUAUGUUCACCCGAUUAUUGACGAAAUUUCGAAUUUCUUAAUCAUCAACAUUUACUUAUCUUAACAUGUUUCACAUCCUUCCUGUUGAUUUAAACAUCAUGAUAUUUCUGUUCACUUCUUUUUUCAGAAGUAGAGUCAACAUACUUCUAUACCAAAUUCUAUGCAGAUUAGUCUCUACAUAGCGAACCACAAUAAGACUUCAAGAAUACUACAUGAAUUGAAGGUUAUUGGAGUGCAUGAAAUUGAAAAUAUCUAUUCACUUGCUUGAAAUAUCCCAGAGAAGUCAUCAAAACAUUCUCAACUAGUCAACAAACAAUUCAGUGAAAAUAUAUAACGUGUAAUAUAGCAUUCAAAGUGAACGUUACAGUCUUCAGAGUAGCUGAGAACCAGCCUAGAAGCUAUCUAGACUACACAACUGCUAAUAAUCGAAGAAGUACAUCUUUCAUAAUAUUAAUGAAAAGUUUGCAUUUCUAUUUGUAACAAUAAAAGAAACACUGAAAUACCUGUAUAUGAUCAACCAACAGAAGCAACAGUUGAGGUAGAAUAUACCGGAAAGCAAUAACCAUAUGACUACAAGACGGUGAAACUGUAGUCAUAUCGAUGCUAGAAUGAGGAAUCCGCAUCAACUUUUCUUCAACUUCCUUUUAGCCAGUUAGUACUCAAGGAAUAGGUAUCAUAUAACCAUCCUUUGACUGGAUUCAUAGUCUACGGCAGUCUUCAUACUUUCCAUGUUCAUUACAGACAAGCAUGAAGGAGAGGAGAAAGAAGAGGAGGAAUAGUCGUCAUCACGAGUACGAAAAAGAAGUUCGGUAAUUUGAUAAUUGCACAGAGAAAUGUAAAAGUGAAGCUGUUGAUAAUGGCAUGUCGAAUUCUCCGCCUCCAUUACCUCCUCGUAUUCGCUUCUAUGGGUCACAUUGUUUAUCUGGACGAACUGGAGAAAACAUGAAAGCUGAGAAUAAUGACAUUUAUAUUGAUUCACCAUGUACAAAUUCGUGGUCAGGAAAUCUCUUGUCAUCAAACAAUGUGCCGAAUACGAAUCGUUCAUCACCUCCUCCACUACCUCCUAAAAAGUCAACUACUCUUAAGAAUUAAAGCGUAUAUGUUUCUCAUCAUCUGUCUGUUUAUGUGCUACUAUGGUUUAUUUCAUCUUCAGAUAUAAAUGUGAAUCUUGAUGACGAGCAUUAGUUGCGAAAUCUUUCUCGUUUAUAGUUACGGGGAAUUGAGGAAAUUAUGCUUCUGUUUGUCAAUUGUCUGUCUUUCAACUUUUCUGUAUGAUAAUACAUUUUCUUUUUCUGUAUAAAUCUUAUUUGAUGG